CCAAUGGCAGCAAGCACUGGCUGGAUUUGGCAGCUCCUGAGCCUGCAGUAUAAAAGCAAGUAGAGGUAGCUUGCUGCUUCAUUCCGAGCUCAGACAGCUGCUUAGAGAAAGAAAAGGAAGGGAGGCAGUCAAGCAGGCAGAGAGAUCCCUUUCAGUGUGUGUUUUCUGUACCCUGGAAGUCGGGCUCUCUCCUAGUAUGAAAGCUUUCAGUCCUGUGAGAUCCGUCAGGAAAAACAGCCUCUCUGAACACACCCUGGGAAUAUCCCGGAGCAAAACCCCCGUGGAUGAUCCUAUGAGUUUGCUAUACAACAUGAAUGACUGCUACUCCAAACUGAAAGAGCUAGUGCCCAGCAUCCCUCAGAACAAGAAAGUGAGCAAGAUGGAAAUCCUGCAGCACGUUAUUGACUACAUCCUGGACCUGCAAAUUGCUUUAGACUCACACCCCAGUAUUGUCAGCCUCCAUCACCAGAGACCAGGACCAAAUCCUUCCUCCAGAACUCCUCUGACCACCUUAAACACAGACAUCAGCAUCUUGUCAUUACAGGCAUCUGAAUUCCCUUCAGAAUUAAUGUCAAAUGACAGCAAAGCACUUUGUGGCUAAAUUCAAUGGUGUUUGCUGACUUUUUUUCCCCACAAGAAAAUGUCUACGGGA